AUGCCUGCGGAAGGGAAAAGUGACAUGGAGAGGAUUGGCCUCUUCAGUGAAAUGGGUUAUGUCACCAUUGGAGAUAAAUAUGUAUCACAUUAUAUGCGCCCUUUUAAUGAAGCUGCAAGCAAGAACAGACAGAUGUUACCUGGUGGGACCAAAACAUUGUCAGCUCUGCAGGCAGGUUAUUUUGAACCUGAGUUUGUGAGGAUUUUCAGUGGUGAAGCCUACUCAAACCCUGUUCAGCUAAGGAGACGCUAUAGAUUGGCAGAAUCAAAGAAAAAUUUGGGCAAAGCUUUCCUUCCCAGUAGUGGAGACAAAUCGCUAUGUGGACUUGGCAGCUAUUAUGGAACCAUAGGAGGCCCAUAUCCAUACUUCAGUCCACAACUGAAAGCCAAAGAAAGAUACAUUCCUCCUGGAAAGAAUCUUUAUACUAAUCCAGGGAAGAAAGGCAGUGGAUAUGGUUAUGCAAAUCUUACAAUAGGUGAACAAUAUCCACAUGAAGCUGAUGGGUAUGAUGUAGAAAGAAUAAAUGCAAAGAAAGCACAAGAGGAACAUAAGCGGUUGGUUAAAGGAGGGCCUUUCAAGUUAAAUCUAUAUCCCCAGGAGUAUUUUGAUACAAAUCCCUAUUUUAGUGACAAACCUUUACCACCUGUGAAGAAACCACCUCCAAGGAAGCCAAUUGCACCACCUUUCAGACCAAGUUCUCCUGCUAAAAAGGCAGGGGGCAUGAAAGGAGGCACAUUCGAUCCUUACCCAAGCCAUUCUGCUGACCCCUAUGUAGUUAAAAAAUCUAAGGCUGUCACAACUACUAAAGAACGACAGAUUUUUCAUCCUCCUCCUGGACCAAAAAGCAGACCUGUUACAAGCAUAAUAACUUUAAAUGUCACAAGAUCAUUAAAUGUAAAGAACUACAAGACUGCAUGA